AUGUAUACAUUAUUAAAUGGCUUGUAUAAAUAUCUUAUACAAAAAGAUGAAUAUUUUAUAUUAAUUUUGGGACUUGAUAAUGCUGGAAAAACAACUUACCUAGAAGCGGCAAAAACAAAAUUUACAAAAAAUUACAAGGGAAUGAAUCCUAAUAAAAUAACAACAACUGUAGGACUCAAUAUUGGAAAAAUAGAUAUAGACGGUGUAAGCCUUAAUUUUUGGGAUCUUGGUGGACAAGAAGAGUUACAAUCAUUGUGGGAUAAAUAUUAUGCAGAAUCACAUGCAGUAAUUUAUAUUGUGGACUCUUCAGAUAGAGAGCGCAUUCCUGACUCCAAAGAAACUUUUGAUCGAGUGAUAUCUUCAGAACACUUAACAGGAGUACCACUUCUAGUAUUAGCAAACAAACAAGACAUACUUGAUUCAAUGGGAAUACGUGAAGUAAAACCAAUAUUUAAUAAAAAUGCUCAUUUAAUCGGCCGGCGAGACUGUAUGGUUAUGCCAGUAUCAGCACUCAAAGGCGAUGGAGUUAACGAAGGAAUUCAUUGGCUUGUUGACUGUAUAAAAAGAAACAGUGAUGUUCGUCCGCCUCGUAAUCACGACGACAACGAUUUAUCUUAA